UGUGAUGGCGUUGGUUGGGGGGGGGUCGUGAGCCUGGAUCCUAAUCCCUCAGGUUUGGCUGUAGCACGGCCUUCGGAUAGCUAAACUGUCAUGAGAGCUCUGGACACUUGAAAAUGCUACACGGACUUUAACCUUUUUUUUAAAUACUGAUGUUUGUCUUGUUCAGAUUUUUUUUUUCAUAAAGGGAAUGCCAGCUCUGGUUCAGCAUGCAGCACUGUGCAAAUCAAGGAAGGUAACAGUCUAUCGGUGCAGCUUUUGAGGCCUUAAGUGUAGGACUGACCAACUGAAGACUUGCCGUUUCUUGGGCUCCUGGUGACUGCAGCGGCACUUAGAGUAACUAGAGAGGAUUAUGCCAUUAUAGCCGACAACUUGGAUUCUCACUUCACACGACAGCGACAAGACAAAUACCCCUCUGCUCCCCAUCCGCCAAGCGCUAACCAUGGAUGACCCCUAUCAAAACAAUGUGAACCAGCAGAUGACAGAGGGUGGAGAUUACACCUACACUCAAGACGGCGGGGGUCAGGACGGCUACCCGUACCAGACGGACUACCCGCCGCAGGAAGAGGACGCCGCCAGCGAUGCCACCGAAGGGGCAGACGAUGACGAUCAGAUGUAUGAGGGGGAGUACCAGGGCGUACCCCACCCCGAUGAGAUCAAGGAGGCCCGGCGGGCCGCCCGGUUGGAGGCCAGGAGGAAAGCCCGCAUGGCCGCACAGCAGGAAGAGGAAGAGGAAAACCUACCAGAGCAAUACGAGACCAUCAUGGAGGAGUGUGGCCACGGGCGCUUCCAGUGGAUGCUCUUCGUCGUGCUGGGCCUGGCGCUGAUGGCUGACGGUGUGGACGGCUUCGUGGUGGGUUUCGUCAUGCCCAGUGCCGAGAAGGACAUGUGCAUAUCCAACUCUGACAAAGGAUUGCUGGGUCUGCUGGUGUACGUGGCCAUGAUGGUGGGGGCCUUGGUGUGGGGUGGUUUGUGUGACAAAAUGGGGAGGAGGAAGUGUCUGAUCUACGUCCUGACCAUCGACCUGGUCUUCUCCUUCCUGUCCUGCUUCGCUCAGAGCUACGGCUUCUUCCUCUUCUUCAGGUUCUGCUCCGGCUUUGGAAUUGGUGGAUCCAUCCCUAUCGUUUACACCUACUUCACUGAGUUCCUGCAGAUGGACAAGCGUGGAGAACAUCUGAGCUGGCUCUGUAUGUUCUGGAUGCUGGGAGGCCUGUAUGCCUCUUUCACCGCCUGGGGAAUCAUUCCUCACUAUGGUUGGGGCUUCGCCAUAGGAUCGCAGUUUCAGAUGCACAGCUGGAGGCUGUUUAUUUUUGUGUGUCUCUUUCCUGCGCUGGCUGCGCUCAUCGGAAUCAUCUUCAUGCCGGAGAGUCCACGUUUCCUGCUGGAGAACGCCCGGCACGACGAGGCGUGGAUGAUCCUGCGACAAGUUCACGACACCAAUUGGAAGGCUAAGGGGGAGCCAGAGAGAGUCUUCACUGUGACCAAUAUCAAGACUCCGCAAACUCAGGAGGAUGAGUUCAUAGAGAUCCAGAGUGACACUGGAACGGCCUUCCAGCGCUGGACUGUGCGCAAAAUGACCAUGCUGCAGCAGGUGAUGGCCAACGUGAUGUCUUUAUCGGCUCCAGAGCUCAGACUUCAAGGCCUCUUUCUGCUCAUCGUGUGGUUCUGCAUGGCCUUCAGCUACCACGGGCUGGGAGUUUGGUUCCCUGACAUGAUCAAGUACAUGCAGUUUGAGGAGUACGAGUCCAAAGUACGAGUGUUCCACAGAGAGCGCGUGGAGCGUUUCCACUUCAAUUUUUCCCUGGUCAAUCAAAUCCACCGCGAGGGAGAGUACAUCCAUGACAAGUUUGCAAACAUCGAGAUCAAGUCUGUCAAGUUUGAGGAUUCUCUGUUUGAGAACUGCUACUUUGAGGAUAUUAAAUCAACCAACACCUUCUUUGAGAAUUGCACCAUCAAAAACACCGUCUUCUACAACACAGACCUGUGGCAGGAGAAGUUCAAAGAGUGUCGAAUGGAGAACACCACCUUCCUCCACCCGAAAAAAGGCUGCCACUUGAACUUCCAGGAGGAGAACGACAUAGUCAUCUACAUGGUCAGCUUCCUGGGGAGUUUGGCCGUGUUGCCUGGCAACAUCAUCUCAGCGCUGUUCAUGGACAAGAUAGGAAGGAUCCGGAUAAUAGGUGGCUCCAUGCUGGGGUCGUCGGCCUGCACGUUCCUGCUGCUGUUAAGUUUCAGUCAAGGAGCUGUGAUUUGUUGGCAGUGUCUCUUCUAUGCCGUCAGUGUGGCAGCCUGGAAUGGAUUGGAGGUCAUUUCUGUGGAGCUUUACCCCUCCUCUAAAAGAGGGACGGCGUUCGGCAUCUUGAACGGGAUCUGCAAGUUCGCAGCCAUCGUCGCUAGCUUCAUCUUUGCAGCCUUCAUCGGUAUCACCAAGAUCAUCCCCAUCUUCCUGGCCUUCGCUGCCCUGGUCUGUGGAGGUCUGGUGGCCCUCAAGCUGCCUGAAACCCGAGAGAAGAUCCUCUCUUGAAAAAGCCAAACUCCCUGCUGCUUCUGUGCCCCAGACACAAUACAGCCACGGUAUAUUCGGGGGGGAGGGGGAGCACGUUUUUAGGGGACAGGAUCAUCUUAAACUGACAACAGAAAGAUGGGAAGAGGAGGCUAUGUUGUGUGAGUUGUGUUUGUGAGUCUAUGACGAUAUAAUAAAAAUAAUAAAAAAUAAAAAAAGUGUUGAAACCCGUCUGGUUGCCUACACAAACCUGUGGUUGCUCUCUGUUUCCAGUAAGCUCCUCAGGCUGCCCAGUGUUUCCGUAACAUCAUCUGAGUCUAUUCUUUGUCAUCCCAUCCUUUGUUCACACAUGGCGUAGCGACGUCUGUUUUGUUUGAGGUUCGUGUAAAAGAUUAAUAUGAGAUGAAACUGUGUCUGUUCUUGAAUGGUGAUGUAGUUCAUGUUACCAUGUUGUGCUUUGAUUUCAUUUCCUCUUGAAGAAAGAGAGAGGACGUUUAGUGAUACCUUGAAUUGGGAGAGGACUGUCAUACACACUGUGGAGGCUCGGCAGCAGAAUUGCCACUGGUUAUGACAUACAGAUAAAAAAGAAAUCAAAUUCACCCAGUCUUUAUUUACUCUGCACAGUUCUGUUGUGUCUGUAGUCUUCUGUAGUUGUUGUCUCUCUCCAGGUAUAAAAUUGGACCAAACUUAUUUAUCAAACAUAGAAGAUAUAUUCAGUCCCGUUAAAUUUUUCCCCCCCGAUCCUAAUCCAAGCUGACCGGACUCUCCACCCGAUAUGUCUUCUUGUCCUCAAACUUGAGAGGUGGUGUCCUCAUCUGUAGAGCUGUGUUUUGGUAGCUGUUACUAAUGUAGAAUCUGAGUCUUGUCUGUCACAUCUUGCCAUUACGAAGAGUAAGGAACUGUUGUUUCAAUCUGUUUUAUUUUUUGUCUUUUUCUAAAAAAAAAAGAAAAAAAGAGGAAGAAGAGAAUGAUACAAAACUGAAAGGUUAGCUGUUUUGAUAUGAUGCUCUCAUUCUAACGUUCCGAUGGAGAACGGAUUCGCAGACCUCGCUGCAUUUCUGACAACACGUGUCAAGAUUUCUAAAGAGCAUGUUACCUUUUUUUUUUUGGUUGACAUGGAAUGAGCAGUGUAUGUGUGCAUGUGCGUAUGUGUGUGUAUGGCUGUUCUCCACACGUCUGUGAAUUUACUGAGAGACAACUUACUGAGUCUGACUACCAAUACUGUAAUUGUUGUUGUACAUAUAGACCUGUGUAUAUUAGUUGUACCAUAAUAGCUGCAUCAUGACUUGAAUAAAGCUGAGGGC